AUGGAUACAACCAGACCAGCUCCACUGCGCAACAGUGAACUGCUAAAUUCCAUUGAAGAGCCGACUUUUCACGCGAGUUUACCAGAUCCCAUACCAAGCAAGCCGCUCAAAGCGAAGGUCAAGCCAGCGCAAGAAGAGAUGGAUCCCUUCGAAGUGCGCAUUCGCUUUACGCAAUAUUUACAACAUCUGAAUGCGAGUGUUACGAGUGCGAAUAAGACGGCACAGUAUGCGUUGAAAUAUAGGGAUAUGGAUGAAGAUUUGCAUAGUUGCAUUCUGGAGCAACUGGAGAAAAAUUCUAUGAACAAUAGGGCAAACAUCAUGUUUUUCAUCGAAAUUUUAUGCGACAUGGCAUCGAGAGAAGGACACGAUGAUUAUGUACGCAUGAUGCAAAGAGAUAUUCUACGGGUAGUUGAUGCAGUUGCGCCAGAAGAUGGAUCCGGAGCAGCCAAUGUUAAAGUAGUGCGCAAGGUUCUCCAAGGCCUUCAACAAAAAUCCUUCCUCUUACCUCAAACUGUUACGGAAAUUGAAGAAUGUCUCAAGGAACGCGAUACCCAACCCGACGCACUCAUGUCUUCUCCGCCCGCAAACGAAGCCAAUGGAAAUGGAACUUCACAACAUGCUACUCCCAAACAAGCUAAACCAAAUGGAGUAGGGAGAUUGGAUAAGAGACAGAUUGAACAGAGAAUUGAAGAGGAUCGCGAGAGACAUAAAAGAUUGAGAGAACAUAUCUGGGCUGUACCGGCCUUGGGACCCAAUUCGGAAUUCGAUAAAUUGUGGGAUGAAACGAGCGAUUUGGGAGAUGAUGAUAUGGAUUUGUAUGAAGAAGAAGCUAUGGAGAGAAAAGAGGCCGGAAGGGAAUGGUUUAAUGAGCAAGUUCAUAAAAGUAGACUGGAGGGUCAAUCUUGA